CCCCGGGCAGGGGCCGAGCGGCCGCUCUGGAUCCCACGCUAUGAGUACUGUGCUGGGCUGGCCGACUUCGCCCACCGCAGCCGGCGCUGGUGCGCACCCCUGCUCAGAAUCGCCACUGGUAAGGGGGUGGCCAGCACCCCGUCCCCCUCCUGGGUGCUCCCGUUCAACCCCUGCACCAGCGGGUACCCACUGAUCAUCUUCUCCCACGGGCUUGGAGCCUUUCGAGAGGAGUGGAUCCCCUACCAGCAGGUGCCCCAGGGGCAGAAGGAGUUUUAUUUCCGAAACAAGCAGGUUCAUCAGAGGGCGGAGGAAUGCGUGCGAGCGCUCCGGCUCUUCGAGGACAUCAACAGCGAGAAAUCUGUCCUGAACGUGCUUUGCCAGGACUUCGACCUCUCCGUGCUGAAGGACAACAUUGAUCUGACCAGAGUCGCCGUCAUGGGCCAUUCCUUUGGAGGGGUGACAGCAGUGCUGGCCUUGGUGAAAGAGCCCGGCUUCAGCUGUGCGGUGGCUCUCGACGCCUGGAUGUUCCCCCUGGAGAACGCGCUGUACCCGGAGGUGCCCAAACCCGUGCUCUUCAUGAACACCGAGAAGUUCCAGACGCCAGAAAGCGUUGCCAAAAUGAAGAGGCUGAGCUCCAGAAACAGCCAGACGAAGAUUAUAACGGUCCUGGGAUCCGUGCACCAGAGCCAGACCGACUUCCCCUUUUUCACUGGAAAUCUCAUCAGCCGCAUCUUCGGCGCAAGGGGGACCCUCGACCCCUCCAAGGGUCUGGACAUCACCAGCCGGGCGGCUCUGGCCUUCCUUCAGAGGCAUCUCACCCUGGAAGAGAAGUUUGAUCAAUGGGACGACCUCGUCGAAGGCAUCGGAGACUCCGUUGUUCCAGGAGCACCGUUCUGCCGCUCCAACCUGUAG